AUGGAGAAGAUGGAGAAGAUGGUCAGACCCUUGCCGGAGUUGCAGGUCACGAAAUGCUUGAUCCCAGCCUGGAGGGACAUCCCCAACACCUCUCUCCAGUCCAAGCCUCUGCUCAUCUAUCAUUCAGUGUUUGACUUUGCCUCUUCCGAUGAGGUCCGAAAGCACCUGGACACUGUUGGUGCGGUCACUCCCCAGUGGACGUACUCGAUGUAUACCACAGAUCACUUCCACUCAACCACACACGAAGUACUCGGCGUCGUGGCGGGAAGGGCCAAGUUGUGCUUCGGCCACGAGCAGAAUCCAGACAGGUACGAGCCGACUGUGUCAAGGGGGGAUGUGAUCAUUGUCCCUGCAGGAGUAAGUCACCGGCUGCUCGAGGACGUGGAUGGAGGCUUUGCCAUGGUCGGCGCAUAUCCGCCUGGAAAGCAGUGGGACAUGUGCUAUGGAGGAGAAGAGGACGCUGGGAAGGUAGACUCGGUCAAGUCUGUCCGCUGGUUCGAUAGAGACCCUGUAUACGGCCACUCGGGGCCGGUGUUUGACGUUUGA